UAUUUUAGAAAAUAAUAUUUCCUGGUCAUAUAUUCGUUGGGUCGCAAAUAAAUCCAUCACAGCAUAUGCCUAUUAUGAAGGCGUUACUAGGUGCUCACGAUGAAAUAGGACUAAUAUAUGAUUGUCACCAUAACCAUUUUGAGAAAUCUGUAGAAAAAUUUGAUCUUCUUUCGUAUCCUAAAAACUAUUACCUUUUCUCUUCUGAAAUACUUUCUGGUAAAAUGCCAGUGGAAGCAAUGCGAAUAGUUGGGCUUCGACGUGUUGAAAACAAACCUUUAGGAUUUACCGUUGAAGUUAAUCCGCAAAAGCUAUUGGUAGUUGCGCGUAUUCUUUCGGGCGGAAUUAUUGAGAAACAAGGCCUCUUGCACCCGGGCGACGUGAUACUAGAGAUUAAUGGAAAUCGAGUUAAUACUCCAGAAGCUUUGCAAAUUGAAGUAUCUCGGGCUAAAGAAAAUCUUACUCUAAAAGUUGCACCACAUGCAGAUGAGAUUGUUGGAGAAUGCUCUAUUUCGAACUAUGAUACUACUGAAAGGCCAGGAAAAAAAUUGAUGUGCUUUAUGCGAGCUUUAUUCGAUUAUAAUCCAUUGGAGGACUCGCUGCUGCCUUGCAAAGAUAUUGGAUUGCCUUUUAAAUCGGGUGACAUUUUACAGAUAGUAAGUGUAAAAGAUCCGAAUUGGUGGCAAGCAAAAAAUACGCAUGAACAAUCUGAACGAAUUGGUCUGAUACCUUCACAGGAAUUAGAAGAACGACGUAAAGCUUUCGUAGUACCUGAAGCUGAUUUUGCCCACAAGAUUGGUUUAUGUGGAACCCGGGUAAGGCUUAUAUUUUGUUAUCUGAAAGGUUCGGUUUCUAAACGUAAGAAAACAACGAUGUACAAAUCCAUAGCAAACUGUGAAUUUGAUAAAGCCGAUUUGAUGUUGUAUGAGGAAGUAACUAAAAUGCCGCCGUUUCGAAGGAAAACUCUUGUUUUGAUUGGUGUUCCAGGAGUUGGUAGACGCACCUUGAAAACUCGCCUUGUCAAUAGUGAUUCGGAACGCUUCGGCUUUGUUUUACCACAUACAACGAGGCCAAAACGAAGUCUGGAGGAAACCGGUAACGGUUACUAUUUUACUAAUCGAGAACUAAUGGAAGAACAAAUAAAACGAAAUGAAUUUCUUGAGUAUGGUGAACACAAUGGACAUUUAUACGGCUUGCAUUUGGACUCUGUGAAGGAAGUAAUAAGAAGUGGACGCAUGUGUAUUUUAGACUGUGCUCCGAGCACUUUGAAAUUCUUGCAUAACAGUCAAGAAUUAAUGCCGUUCGUUAUUUUUAUCGCGGCACCAGGAAUGGAACAACUUCGACACAUAUAUUCAGAGAGACGUGCCACAGGUUCUACUAAAAAUUUAAUG